AUGGCGGUCAAGCUGAUCCCGGUGGUCGGCCAGAAUGGAGAGCAGCGCGAUUUCCGCUUGCGCGUGGCGACGCGCUACUUCGUCGGCCCCGCGCUCUGGCCGCGCGUGAACGCCCUCUUCGAUCGUUUCCAGGCCCUCGAGUCUAACCCCAACGAGACCUCCAACGAGGAGCGGGAUCGGGUGCUGAAGGAGCUGACGAGGCUCGUCGGCGACGAUGCGUUGGGUCGGAUUGUUAGCGCUACUGAGCCUCCUACGACCUAG